AUGAAUGUUAAGAAGGUGAAAAGUGUUACUUGGAAAUUAUUUUUAUUGGUAAUCAACAACUGGAUAUUAAUAAGUUAUAUUUGGUUUUAUGGUAGAAUUUGGGACUUAACUAAUGACAUUAAUCAUGAAAUUAUUGAACAGACGAAUUGUUAUUUUAGAGGUGAUUCUGCUUUCAUUUUAACUAAAAAUAGUUUUAAUGGUUUUUAUAAAAAUCACUUCAAUCAAGAAUCCAUUUAUUUGAUAUUUCGUAUUAAGAAUUUCAAAUUUUCUCAGAUAAAUGAUUUAAAAGAACUUAAAGGAUUAGAAAAUGUAUUUUAUUUUGAAUCAGAUGAUUUAUUGACUAAUUAUUAUGUUGAAAAAGAAUUUACUAGUGAAAGAAUUAAGGAGUUAGGAUUUGUUAAUGAUCAUUUGUAUAAACUAAAAAUUCCUUUAUCAAUCUUAAUUAGCAGUGAAAUUGUUCAGAAAAUUAUUAAACAAGAAAAAUUACUAAAAGAUUUUAAUAUUUAUGAUUUUAAAUUUGGUAAACUAAAAUACACUCGCUUUAGUGAUAGAUACAUGAAAUAUGAAUAUUAUGAUUUAAUUACUUUUUACAGUUCUAUUAAAAAUGAUUAUAAUUCAAUUGAAAAUGAUUUACUUGUAAUUUUAAAAAAAACUUCAUCUGUUAAAAGUGUUAAUGAUAAUAUUGAUUAUUUAUCUGAUUCUUUAUUAUCUUAUUUAAUAAAUAUUAAAGUACUUAAGGUAGAUGUUGAUUUAGAAGAAUAUCCUGAUUUACUUAGUUCUUUAACUGAAGAUAUAAUGUGGAUUGAUCCUACUUUAAAUAGGUUAAAACCUGGUUUAAUUAUAAAUUAUGGUUUUGAUUUAAACAAAAUUUUUUUUAAUGAAGAAAUUUUAAAAUUUUUUAAUUUAAAAAGAGUUAAUCAGUUAAUAGAUAGAGAUGGUGGUGUUUAUUUGGUUAAUCAUGUGAUAGUUAAUUAA